CCGGGCACGCGCAGAGCCGCUGCAUCUGCUGAGACAGCAGCCUGUCGCGGGCCAGUUCAAAAGGCACCAAGGAGUGAUGGAGCGGAGGCAGCGCUGAUGUCCGUACGGUCCACGGCUCCCACUAUUGGGCGGGUCGUGAGUGGGUGUAGGCGUGGUGGAGUCAGGUGCACGGGGGGUGUACGUGGCGUUGGUUUAAUCCAGCCCAGGCUACGGGAGCCUCAUCUCUCCAUCACUUGUAGGGGUCCUGAGGAUGAGCGUGAAUGUAGAGGAUACAGGUUACCUAGCCAGCAGACACACAGGCCCCGAAGUAGCACCUGCAAAAGAUGCCACUGGUGACCUGUGGAGUUGUCAGCUGUUAGACCCCUGUGCUGCAGCCACAGGCAACAGGAGAAUGUGAUCAUUUGCAGGUUAUUCUUUGAACGAAUGUCCAGUUUGAUGUUUAAGUCCAGUUUGAUACUAUUCCUGCACAAAAUGAAGAAGCAAAAUAUACGGACUCUCUCCCUGAUUCUCUGCAUGUUUUCCUAUCUGUUGGUUGGAGCUGCUGUUUUUGAUGCCCUUGAAUCAGAGUCUGAAAGCUCAAGGAAAAGGAUUCUAGAGGAAAAGAGGACUGACCUAAAAAAGAAAUAUCAUUUCUCUGACGAGGACUACAGAGAGAUUGAGCGAGUGGUCUUGCAAUCUGAGCCUCACCGUUCAGGCAAGCAGUGGAAAUUUGCUGGCUCGUUCUAUUUUGCUAUUACAGUAAUUACUACUAUAGGUUAUGGUCAUGCCGCCCCAGGAACCGAUGCUGGGAAAGUGUUCUGUAUGUUCUAUGCUGUCCUUGGGAUUCCUCUGACCCUGGUCAUGUUCCAAAGUCUGGGAGAGCGCAUGAACACAUUCGUCAGGUUCUUAUUAAAGAAGGUGAAAAGAUGUUUCCACAUGAGGAAGACUGAUGUGUCUAUGGAAAAUAUGGUUUUAGUCGGUUUCCUGUCUUGCAUUGGUACACUUGGCAUCGGUGCAGGGGCUUUCUCAUACUUUGAAGGGUGGACAUUCUUUCACUCCUACUAUUAUUGUUUUAUUACACUUACAACCAUAGGUUUUGGAGACUUUGUGGCCCUCCAAAAAAAUGAGGCAUUGCAGAAGAAACCACCCUAUGUGGCUUUUAGCUUUAUGUACAUUCUUGUGGGACUGACAGUAAUUGGAGCAUUCCUUAACUUGGUAGUCCUCCGCUUCUUGACCAUGAACUCUGAAGAUGAAAGACGUGAUGCAGAAGAACGAGCGUCUCUGCGGAGAGCACAGAAUAACAUCAGUCUACGGUCCAAAAUGGAUGCCAGAAGUAGGAGUUCUAUUUAUCUACCAAUAGGAGAUCGGACAAGCCAGAUCAAUCUCAUACCUGUCAUGCAAGAUGAUCCUGACAGUGGGCGACGUAGGUCCUCAAAUGCAACCUCAAGAGCAGGGUCUUUUUGCACUUGUAUGUGUUACAGAUCACCUUUUUGUGACAGCCCUGCCAUAUCACACCAUGAGGCACUGACCUGCCAUACAAACCCAGUUUAUUACAACUCAAUAUCUUACAAAAUAGAUGAAAUUUCAUUAAGCACUCGCAAUAACACUGGCUUUUCUUCACCUGACAGUAUUUUCUCACCGGACUACCAGAGGUACACAAAUUACUUCAGAAUGAGGAGAAAAUCUAUUUAAGGCAUGCCUUUAUUCAGUAUCCAACACAUUCAUUUAAUAUCUGCAUAUGAAGUCAUAUUGCCUUGAUGUAAAUCCAGAUAUUCCAUUGUUACCUAAAGAAAAACCGAGCUACAACAUGUUCUGAGUAGCUGUAAUGUAAACAACUAUCAUGCGUUGUGUUUGUCCUUUGUGUUUUACAUUGUGAGGAAAUAGAUCACAUGUAUAUGUAUAUAUACUCAUAGUUUUCUUUUUACUGUAUAUUGUGUCCUAUGUACAUAGGUAUUUGCAGCAUAUACCAACAGAAUACAUUAAUAAAAUAUGUGGUUUAAAUAAAAAAAAAACUCUAGUUCAUAUGGACCUAGCUAUUAUAGAACAUCAAUAUAAAUCUUAAACUGGAAGGUAGUCAUAUACGCUAUCUAUCUAUCUAUCUAUCUAUCUAUCUAUCUAUCUAUCGAAAUGGGUGAAGAUUGAAGCAGGCACCUAGUAGUGUAGCAUAUUAGAUAAUACCGGGAUAUCUAAAAAUAUAUAUAUAUAUAUAUAUAUAUAUAUAUAUAAAAACAAUAAAUACAGAGUGCGCUAUAACAAUAAAACUGGUUGUUCCUCUUAGGGAGCUCCUGCUUGGGGCAUAUAGAGAAACCCUCUCACCAGAAAGAAUACACUCAUAUUUCUCUCUCUAUCUAUAUAUACACUCAUAUUUCUUUCUCUCUAUCUAUAUAUACAGCAUAUAUAGACACGCAUACAUACCAGAAUAAUACUGAUAACAAGCAUAUCUGUAGAUUAAAGGUGUCUUGUCUAUUUCCAUGACUCCUAGUAGAGGAUCACCGAAUGGGAUUCAUGUAGCAGGAUCUCGUCGUGGUAAAGGGUAGUUUUACCUAAACCAAAAAUAAACUCUUUAUUGCUCACCUGUCCAGUGUUCUUCCAUUACUCCUGAUUAAGUCAAGCCACUUUUUGGGCAAAAGAGACGAAACACGUUGAGGGGCUGUGAUGCUGUGUACUCUCUCCUGCUCUCAACGUUUUCCUGAUGAUUAUUGGGAUUUUAAGAUAAGCAACAAUUGUUUUUUAUGUAUAAGCACUUUUUAUAUAUAUAUAUUUUCUGUGUGGUGUACUGAUUAAAUAUUUUGAAAAUGACUACACUAUGGGAACCUUCUCUUUUGUUCCUAUAUGUGAAGCAUAUGCCAAUAAAUAGCUGCAUCUUGUGAGAGAAGAGUUGAUAAUAAGCCCUACUGUUGCCUGCUUUGUGGGAACUAUAAAGUGUUUCCUGAUGUCGUAUGGUCACAUAUACAGUAGUUAUGCUAUCCUAUCAACUAGUUCUGGCACGCACAAUUAUUUUCCUUUACAAGUGAAUGUCUAGUGCUUUAGUCAUUAAACUAGAAGGCUUUAUUUUCUCACAUUUAAAAUGUAUAUUAUAUAUACAAGUCUGAGCAAUAGCAAGCAUGAUUUCAGACACCUGCUUGCUGUUAAAAUGGUUUAGACACAAGAGACAGGGCACCUUACGGUGAACUAGUCGCCCAGGUGAUAGGAUUGGUGCUACUGUUAGGAGUCCUGGAUCAAUGGUCUCUGGAGAACUUAAGGUAGCCACACACUAAAACGACCUUGUGGCCACACACUAAAGGUGACCACACCUAAACUUAAGGUGGCCACACACUAAAACGACCUGCAAAAGAUGCGAUUCCUUGAAUGAUUUCCCUUGAACUCCCCGACAGUCCUGGACUCUCAAUAUAGUGCAAUACACAAAAGAUAGAUCUUAAAGAUCUUGCAAAAGAUCUAGGAGUUGCCACAACCAGGAGCACGCUGUCUUUGAUGAUAGCUUCAGAUCUUGCCUGCAGUAGGUAAGAUCUGAAGUUAUGACAAACGACCAACGGGACCGAGCAUCGGAUCGUUAUCGUAGGUGAAAGGUACACAAUUUGCACUUUUACUAACGAUAUAUCAAUCUGCUGUGUCGAAAUCGUGCUCAUCGUGUACAAUAUCGUUCUAGUGUGUGGACACCUUUACACUCUGUAUGCUAAGAACUGCUGUGAACUAUGUUGUAACCUGUGACUUACUGAUAACUGCUUAUGUUUAGUUGUGAAUUGCAUACCUAUGGAAAAGCUGUGGAAAAUAAACCUGCAGUGUGGAACUUUUA